AAUGGGACUAUGAUCCAAGAAAAGGCUCAUUUAACAAAUUCCUUUGUUAUCUUCCUAAACAAAAUCAAGAAAUUCUUAUUGAUCUAUUUGAUCUUUGCGCUCAAGUUACUGCCGAAUCCCAUAUUAAUAAUAUGUCCGCUCAAAAAAUUGUAAAGUCUUUAGCUCUUUGUAUAUUAGGAGAAUCAUCAAGAAAUUUAAGAAAUUUUGACGCUGCAUAUUUAGAAUGGUCUAGAUGUUCAAAUGCUUGUCUCCAUCUAUUUCUUGCUUAUUUACGCGAAUUAGAAUGUCAUUCCAAAAUUAAUCCACGUUUAACAAAUUUAUUAAAUAAUUAUGUUACUAAUCGUAAAACUUCUAAUGCCACGAUCGAAAUUAUGUCAAGAACUCAAUCUAAUUCUAUACUUUCUCAAUCGAUAAAAAGAAUGUCAACUAUUGUUGAAGAAGAAGAUGAAUCAUAUCGUCCUGUUAGUAUGUUAAGAGUUACUAGACAAGUUCCAACUACAAAACAAAAAACUGAAACAAAGGCUUCUAUUAAUCUUUUACCUGAAAUGAUGGAUGGUUUAAAACGUCAAACAAUUGUUCAUCCAGAUGAUGCCAUGACUACUGAUGAAAAACAUACUGCUAAACAAAUGUGGGAACAAUUUCAAAAUCAUGGCAUCGGUGCUUUAUCUGAUGAUUUUUUAAAGUUAUACUUUUUACUUGAAAAAGAUAACGUUUCAAAAGAACCACAAGUUAAAUUUGUUAGAAAAGG